GGCUAGAGUGGGCGGGACGUGAAGGAUGAUGGGGAAGGAUUCGAAUCCCGGAGGAUUUAAAUUGCUGGAGGAGAAUCCACCGCUGCCCAGUUACAAAUGAAGAUAAUUUAUUAAAACAUCACGCUAUGCAGAAAAAUUCCAAGAGAAACAAUAAUUUGAGAGUUUCUGACAUAGGAUUGAAUUCUGUGGAUGCUGAGAAGGCAAUAAACGAGAGUCAAAAUAACUUUGUUGAACUGCUGCCUCUAGAAGUCACUUUUAAAAUUUUCAGUCAGCUGGACAUUCAGAGUUUGUGCAGAGCUUCUGUGACAUGUAGGAGCUGGAAUUACACAAUAAGAAACAGUGACUCUUUAUGGAAGCCCCACUGCUUGACUGUAAGAGCUGUGUGCCAAAGAGAAAUAGAUGACGACCUAGAAAGUGGUUAUUCCUGGAGGGUAAUACUACUAAGGAAUUACCAGAAGAGUAAAGUAAAGCAUGAAUGGCUAAGUGGCAGAUACAGCAACAUAUGUUCUCCCAUUAGCCUCCCAGAAAAAAUUAUGUGCCCGAUGGAUGCAGAUACGUGGGGAGAAAUUCUAGAAGCAGAACUGGAAAGAUAAGUAGAAAAAAACUACAGUCAGAUCUUGUGACUUUGAAAUUUCAAAAUGUCUGUACUUACAAAAGUUCUGUUGAUAUUUUUUAUCUACCUUUUUAAUAUUUAACAUUUAAAAGUAAAACUUUAUUUUUGUUUUACACUUUAGUAAAAAAUAUUUUUUUGCUUUUAUUGUAAUGUGAAAAAAUCAUGAACUGUUUUAUGUAAGAAAUAAUAUACUGAUAGAAUGAUUUCAAAUGUAUUGUUUAAUGUACUUGUGUUGGUAUUUAGUAAGACUUUAAAUGUUAAGAGUUUGGUAUUUGUGUUUUCUGUUUAAUGAUAAUUCAAAAAUUUAGGAAGCAACUUGAAAAAACUAACUUAAACAAUAGACAUAAAUAAACUCAUGGGAGGACUACAUGAAAAUAAUAGCAAUAUAUUUAAAUGCAUAAUAAACUCACAUUUCAAUAACUUUAAAUUUUCCAUUCCAGUGGAAUCAAAUUGAAUUAUCAAAUUGUUAAAUGUUAAACCCGUGGUUUAGUUUAAAAUCAGUCUGAUUUUAGGGCUAAAGCUCAUCAGAUUAAGAUUUCCAUUACUUUCCUACAAACCUGAGAUUAUUCUCAGUGGCUGAAAAUGUGUGGAGAGUUUCCAAAGCACAAAUACCAUCAGAACUGCUAUACAAUAUAGUCUAGUAAAACUUCUGAUGGCCUUAGAGCACCAUCUAGUGUAUUAUUCAUUGGUAUAAAGACAAAGGACUUUCAGCUCCUUUUUGUUUUCUCCAUAUUUAAAAGAAAAUCAAAAUUAUCCUAAAGAAUCCUUGACACUUGACUUUGUUAAAGUUUAAAACUUUCAAAGAACCUUUAUUUCAACUUUUAUUUCUCUUUUUCGAAAGAGCAGAUGAUAUAAUAUUCCAUCAUAGUGUUCAUUAUGAAUCAGGUCACCACCAUGUUAAAAAGUAUUUACAAAACAUUUUAGUUGGUAUGGGGUUUUCUUCUUUAAGUGUUCUCUAUGGCACAAAAAUAAGAAUCCAGAAAACUAGAAUUUAAUCAGUAGGCAACUAAAAGAAAGAAUCCUAUACACUCUAUACAAAUUGCCAUUGUUGGAUCAAGCAGAAAAUGAGUGAUAAUCUUCUACUUACCUUUUUAGAGUUGGAAAAGGCCUUGAAAAUCAGGCAGUUCAGUUUCCAGGGCUGUACAAUAAUUUCAUCCUUCAAACCCUGUCAGUCAGCAAACCCAAGUUCAAAUACUUCUUAUAGGAUCCCCACUAUGUGACAGAACCGUCCUAUUGUAUGCUAGGAUAACUCUGAUCAAUAUCAGUUUGUCCUCAUUGAACUGAAGACCACCUUUCUGUAACAUUUGCGUAUUAGUUCAAUCAUUCUUUGAUUGCCACUGCUAACCUGUCUCUUCCUAUGUCUUCUCCACAACUUAUGCUAUUCAUAGAGCAUAAUUCCUGGACCCAGCAGUGUUCUCUUCUGCCCAUGUCUUCUUAACAAAAAUGUAAUUGGAAAGGAAGAGACCCUACUAAUUUUAUUUAAUAAGAGAUAAUAAGAAAGCACUUUGAAAUUAUUGGAAAAAUUAAAGCUUUAAAGCAUUUUAUGAAUAGCAUCUGUGUACAAUAGCAUAUGGACACAUAUAGUAGUAUCAUCUUUUGUAAUGGAUGUGAACUCUUGUCUUUGCCCAACCCUUUCACCAUCUAUUGCCUUCCUCUAUUAAUAGAGAUCACCCUAAUUGGGGAAAUUGUCCUUCUCACUUCUUCCCCAUGCUGUUAUUUACAGUGUCCUGUCUCCUUUACCUCUGUGUGAGUCUAGGGAUAGAAACAUGACCAAAACCACCCUCUUCCAUGAGUCAGAGGAAAAAAAUCCAUUUCCUCUUUACUGUUGAAAUGGUCCCCUGCCACGCAAAAACAGAUUAUCAUAAGAGAAUAUGGAGACAACAGGAAAGAGAAACAGCUACAGGAGAGGUCUGUUUGCAUUUGGGACCCUGGUUUUAGUCAUUCCCUGUCUGCGUACCUAAACUAACACAAAUUGAGUUUCAGCCUUUGCACUAAAAGCCCUACCUGAUGUAAUUUCCUUUGUUUAUUUGUCUAGGGGGUGAUAUUUGUGGUUUAGGUAAGUCUAUGUUUUUAAGAUAUCAAACCUUGAUUUGUCCAUAGUGCUUCUAAUUUUAUGUCCUGAAAACACUUCUUUGACUCUUACUUCCUCAUCAGUCAUUCAUUGCUCAAUCUGCUCUAAACUGACCUACACUCCACAUGAUUAAAACUGUUGUUAUCCAAGUUACAAAUGACUUAAUUGAUGAAUCCAUUGAAUGCAUUUUGGUUGUUCAGGUAUUUGACACCCAUAAACAUUCAGUUCUUAUAACUUCUAGGUUUGGGGCUAGAACCUCUUGGAUUUUUUCUUUGCUUAUUCUAACCAGUCUUUUCAGUUUCUUUCAAAGACUUACUUUCUUUCUGCUACUUACUACAUGUUGAUGUUUCUUAAGGAACAUCCUAGAUAAUCCCACCCACUCCUCCAGCAUCAACUAUGGCCAUCGUUGGUGCUGAUGAUGUUCACACCCAGGACACAGAUCAGAUCUGCCCGGUAGGCUCCAGACACCUGAAUCAGAACUCAUUCUCUCACAGAAAUAAUUGUUCUUCAUCCCAGACCUCAGUGAAUGAUGGGCUUUGUUCAGUAGUUACCAUAUUUUACUCUUCUCCAACAUUCUCCAUGUUCAAGCAGAAGUCAAGGUUUAGUGAUAUUAUCAUCCUAAUACCUAGGCAUUUCAAUCCUUCUCCAUAUUUAUCUCUGCUUCAUUACUUAAUUCCGAUCCUUAUCUGAAGUUAGGAUUACUUUAAUAACCUCUUAACUGGUGUACCUGCCUCCAGUUCUUUCCUCACCAGUAUAAUCUUUCUAAGUCCCCAAAUUAUCAUAUGACCUAACUUAAACACUUCAAUGCAUUCAGGUAAAGGUCAAAAUUCCCUGGCAAAGUUUGUACAGUUUCUAAUGAUGUGGUCUGACCUGUAACUAGCCUCUUAUCGCACCACUAUUCCAUCCUAUAACUUUUUAGUUCAGUGACAUCAAGCUAUGCAGUUCUCUGAACAUGUAAAUUCCCUCAAUUUUCUGCCUUUUGCACAGGCUGUUUGAUAUAUCUAUAAACUUCUUCCUUUGAUCCUCCAUGAAUUCUUUUCUUGGCAAAAUCUUUUGUAGAACUCAUCACCUUAGCCUGGAAACAGUCCUACCUACUACUGUUCUGGAUUAAGUGACCCUUUUAAGGUUUCUGUACUUCUUUGUUUAUACCACACUCAAAGCUGUCAUACUAUGCUAAAUUUUAUAUUUUCUUUUUCUGUCUCUUUAGACUGUGAAUUUCUUAAUGGCAGGGACCAUUUUUAAUUUAUUCUUUUGUAUUCCACACGGUAGUACUCCAUAGAUUUGUUAAAUUAUUUCUAUAGUUUAUUUAUUUUAAUUCUAUUCAAAAUAAUAAUAAAAUUCUUUAUUGUAAGUAAUUUAAAAUCUGCAUUGUUAUAGUAACAAAUUUACUAUAUUGUUAAUGGACAAGAUUGCAUUGAAUUGCAAGUACAAUGCUCAAGACAUAGGAGAUGUUUGAUAUUAUUGCUACCAAAGGAAUAAGUGUUCUACUCUUCUAUAAAGAUGUAAGACAAAAGUAGAAGUGUUUUGUUAUUUUUUUAAUAAACACUUGAAAAUAAA